AUAAACUUAAUUUAAGAGAAAAUGAAAAUCAUCUCAAUCAAAAGGUUUAUUUUAUUUACUUUAGCCAAAUUUAUCUUUUUAACAUCAAAUACUUUGUGCCUAGAUGAAUCAGCAAUGUCCAGUCUGCAGAGCAGAGAUUAUGGUGAUAAAUAUUCUGAGUCCAGUGAAGACUUCUUAGAAGAAAAGCAGAGAAGUCUCAAUUUUGAAGAACUGAAAGACUGGGGAUCAAAAAACAUCAUUAAAGUGAGCACUCCCACAGUCAACAAGAUGCCUAAUUCACUUGCCAAUUUACCACUGAGGUUUGGAAGAAAUGUUCAAGAAAAAAGAAGCAUGAAGCCAGUGGCUAAUUUGCCUCUGAGAUUUGGGAGAGCUUUUGAAGGCAGUAUUUCUAGAUGUGCUCCUAACUUAUUACACAGGUUCAGGAGAUUUCCAUUUGUUAAAAGUUCCAUCCAAUCACUUGCCACCUUGCCACAAAGAUUUGGGAAAUCACUACCUGCCCACCUAUCAGAAGACAUUCAAGAAGCUGAGCAAGGCAAUAACAGGAAUCUGUAUUCAAACAACUAUAUUGAAAAGGAAUCAAAUGAUGAAGACUCAAACCAGAAGAGCUGGGAUCUAUAUUUAAAUCAAAAGAUGAUGUAAGGGAAACAGAGGUGCAAACUGAAAUCUAGACUUACCUUCAUAAUAAUAUUAAUACUAUUGUACGUGGCUGGUGCUGUGCAAACCAUUGCAGUAUAUUGCAAUGAUAAUGGUAGUGAUUGUUGUACUAGUUCAUUUCAGUGGCAGGAUAUCAUAAAUUUUAAUGACUGCUGCCUGACUGAUGUCCUGUCUGUUGUAAAUUUUUGAAGAAUAGUUGUAUUGUAUAACUGGAAGCAUUUUAAGCAAAUAAAAAGACGCAUACUACAACUAAUAGGAGCCUACUGUGUGAAUAGCAAACAGAAACAAUUCUGGAAGGAAAAAAGCCCACUGCCAUCUUAGUGUCUUAUGUAGCCAAAGA